CAUAGUCGAAGAUAUUCAGUAUCUAUUUCAUGGUAGGAAUUCUAUCAAUGGGUCAAUCAAGCACAAAUCUUGCAUUUCAAACAAGCUUUGUGCUGCUAUGAUUAUAACGUGCGGAAAAGCACCCAAAUCCGCCCCUCGCCACGGUCGGAUCUAUCAACCCCAUCAUUGCGCAUACGGUCUUCCCCAUAUUUUGGAAUUCCUACGACCCCCACACAUGAAGCAUUAUCCCCAGAUUAAACUCUGAGAUGCCUCCUAUAAUCCUGGGGUUUCCUCCAUGUAGCGAGCCCAAUUUAGCUCAUCACCACAGCACCUGCAAUGGAGCCUUCCGUCUCUUUUGACGCUCUCCCUCUCCAGAAGGACGGUCCCCACGGAAAUGCCUGGGGCCUUUUUGGUCCGUUGGACCAGCUAGGUAUGCUGAAUCGCCUCACACCCGAGACAACGAAGGAAGCAACAAGAGAAAUUAUCGAUGGGGUCCGCGUAUCCACCGACUGGUCACUGAAUAGUAUGCAAAAGCCGUGUUUUGGCCGUUCAAAACUCGAACACGUCGUGAAGAACAAAGCCCCGCGAGCUGUCAACGAUGACAGCCUUGCUUUCAACACGCAAAUUAGCUCUCAGUGGGACGGAUUCCGGCACUACGGGUACCAGAAUGAGAAGAUCUAUCUAAACGGGUGUACUCUGGAGGAGAUCCAAUCUGGGGAUAGGAAUGGAAUUCAUGUGUGGGUUGAAAAUGGGGGAAUUGUAGGACGCGGCGUUCUCCUCGAUUACUCCUCCUGGGCGGAAGCACAGGGGAUAUCAAUCAACUGCUUCGCUACCACAUCCAUCCCUGUCUCGACUCUAAAGGACAUCGCCGCUUAUCAAGGAACAUCAUUCAAGAGAGGAGACAUCUUAUUUAUUCGCACAGGCUGGACCCGUGCCUAUGAACAGCUGUCCGCAGAACAGUGCCAAGAGCUCGCCGAUCACAAGAUCCCACCGGCUAUUGGUGUCGAAUCAUCCGAAGACACCCUGCGCUGGAUCUGGGAUGAAGGCUUCGCAGCUGUUGCGGGAGACAUGCCCAGUUUCGAAGCAUGGCCGUGUCAGAAUACUGACUUCUGGUUGCAUGAGUGGUUGCUAGCAGGCUGGGGCCUCCCCAUUGGAGAGUUGUUUGAUCUGGAUCGCUUAAGCCAAGAGUGUCGGAAGAGGAACCGAUGGAGCUUUUUCUUCAGUAGUGUUCCGCUGAAGGUACGGAAUUAUUGUUAUUUUGUUGGUGGUUCGAUGCUAACUAGUCUAAGGUGCCUGGUGGAGUUGCUAGUCCACCUAAUGGUGUGGCCAUCCUCUGAUUAGCCUCAUACUGCGUCGAAGAACUCUGGAAUCCUGUAAAUAUGAUAUCAUAACGAAUCACAUUGUCCAAUAAUGGAUAUCACUCAUUUAUUGGUACGAGGAACAAACAGCCAGCGUGGCUUUCGACAUGCUGCAGAAUUGACGAAUAAUGAAUAUUCAACUUGUCAGGAAUUAUCCAAGUUGCGGCUGCAUCAAUUUAUUCCAGAUGAAUUCUAGUGCCUAUAAACACUAGCUGUGGGGUUGAACCCGUUGGGUCACCUGCUGGCUAUCCGCAAUCACCACGAAGAA